AUGGUUCACAAGGUUCUAUUCUGGGGAGGCUUCGGUCUCGGUGUGCGGCUAUGGCAGCUCGGCAUUGAAAUGCGACCACUCUUCAACAAAGAAUCCCUCUGGGUCUACCCUAUUUACGCAUCAAUUGGCGGCAGCUUCGGAUACUGGCUCAUGGGUGUCGAGCAGAGACAAUACAGAAUGCUUGCGGACCGGAGGGAUGCACUGCUCGAGAAGAGGGCGCGGAGGAAGCAGCGUGAG